UAAUAACCUAAGCACGCGAAAAUAUGAAAUGGCUCUUUUUGCUAUAGCAGGAAAGUGUGACUGCCCGUUUUAUGCGCGAAUCGAACUCUUAGCGGAUAAACUGUCGUUAAAUUUACCCGAUUUCAGGGUGACAAAAAUAGUUAAACAGCCACAAGAUUGGGAAGACUUCACUGCAUGGAUUAGAGAGAAAUAUGGUUGGUUUGUGGGUGAAUCACCUGUCGUAUGGAGAGAGUUAGUAGAUCAGGGAGGAAAAGGAGUUUUAAUUGGAGGUGCAAAUGAAUUUCAAGAGUUGGUUGCUGCUUAUUACGGCGAACUAAGCUCAAUGAGUACGGAUGAAAUGUUAGAUGUAAUGAAGGAUAAUAUAAAAUAUAAAAUUCAAGAAGAUCAAGAAGAACAAAUGAAAAUCAUUAAUGCACCUUCUCCAUCAAAUGUGGUAGUUAUUGGUGCAGCCGGAUUGGCUAUUAGUGACUUUCUGGCGAAUAUAUUGAACGGGGAAGUUUUUGGUGAUGAGAUGAUAGAGUUGUACUUAAUCGACGAAGUCAACAAAAAACCAAAGUUGUUUGAACUAAGAGAAGUACUGGAGGAAGCAGCUUUCCCCAAACUCCGUAACGUGCACAUUAGUGUUGAUAUUGAUGAAUGUCUCGCACACGCGAAGCAAGUCAUCAUUCUGGAUAUUAUCCCAAGAAAGGGUCCGAACUUAUCAGAUAACAAAACACUAGAUGAAUGGGAACCAAGAAAUCAGUGGUUACAGAGACGAUUUUUAUAUUUUGACGAACUCGGUCAAAAAAUAAAAGAAAAAUGUCCGAAAUCUGUCAGAGUUCUGUUAGCUGGAAACCCAAGAGUAGAUGCAUUUUCCAUGGAAACGACCACACCUACAUGUUUUGAUGUAACAACACUUUAUAGGUCGACGAAAGGAAAGAUACCACCAGAGCAAAUAGUUGGACUCGUGAAGCCAUUUGAAAUGAAAGUUAGAGCUACUGUGGCGAAACAUCUGAAAGUUCGGGCAUAUAACAUCACUGAUAUAGUUAUUUGGGGGAACUUUGGAAGUUCAGUAUUCGUGGAUUUAUCUCGCGCUUCUGUGUCUUGUAGAAGACACUUCAGUGCAGGUGUUGUCGGUGGAAGCCAUAUCCAGCUUCCAGCCUUAAGUGUAGCUGAGAAUCCCAAGUGGCUGCAAGAGGAACUACUUGACGAACUAUGGAAGGAAAAUAGUAAGAGACAAUCAGAGUAUAUUGGACUGUGCUACGAAAAUGCCAUGACUGAGUGCCUAAAGGAAUGCUGGAACAGCAACAAAAAUCAACCUAACCAAAUUACUUCACUUGUUAUGAUAUCAAGAGGCUGGUACGGAGUACCCGAAGGCAUUGCAUUUUCAUUCCCUGUUAUGUGCACUUCUUAUGGUUGUUGGUCAAUUGUGGAGGAUAUGCUUCUUACACCAAAAGUUGAAACUCAGUUAAAAAUAUCUAUUCAAAGUGUACUCGAAGAUUGGUCAGUUGUUGAUCCUUUACCGUUAGAAGAGCUAUUAAAAGAAGGACAAAAACCUAAAACAGACAAAGAUAAUGAAUAUCAUGCAGAGGAUGCUGAAGAAGAUUAA